GAGGCUCACAAUGGAAUAUGUCAGGCUUCCAAUUGCCGGUAAUUAUUUUCCUAGCGUUCACGUCCAUUUUCGGUGUCGUUCAAAGGGACUGUGAAGCAAUUCGCCGCUUUUUAAACUUUUGCAACAAAAAGCCCAUAAUGGAUUUCGAAUAUGUUUCUGACGCUUCUCAGUAGCUUUCUCUCGUGAGGCUGAUUGCUUGAUUUCCAGACCUUUUCACCUUGGUGGUGGAUUUGUAACGAUAUAUUUAGCCUCUCUCGUUUGGGAUAUUGCCAUUGGAGCAAGAGAAGACGCAAACAUAAAUUCAAAUUGGAUUGCCAGGUUUCCAGGAAGAUGCGGCUGUGAGCUUGCUCACAGUGCUGAUCCUGUGGGUCUUCACCUGAUCGUGACCAUGGGGAUAUGGCCGGGGGGGGUCCGGGCCUGCAUUGCAGGCCAGGAGAACUGCUCUGCCAACAAUGAGUCCAAAGACUACUGUUACUCAGCCCGUAUCCGCAGCACCGUGCUUCAGGGCCUACCUUUUGGAGGGGUCCCCACAGUCCUUGCGCUGGACUUCAUGUGCUUCCUGGUGCUUCUCUUUGUCUUCUCAGUACUGCGGAAAGUGGCCUGGGAUUAUGGACGCCUGGCAUUGGUGACAGAUGCUGACAGAUCGAAGAAGCGUUUCAACGGAUUGGAGGAGCGGGAAUAUGUUGCCUCAGCUCUGCAUUCUGAAACGCCAGACCGCUAUGAACGUCUCACUUCAGUCUCCAGCUCUGUCGACUUCGAUCAACGGGAUAACGGCUUCUGUUCCUGGUUAACUGCCAUCUUCAGAAUAAAGGACGAGGAGAUUCGGGAGAAGUGUGGUGAGGACGCAGUGCACUACCUUUCCUUCCAGCGCCACAUCAUCGGCCAGCUGGUGGUUGUUGGGGUUCUGUCUGUGGGCAUCGUCCUGCCGGUCAACUUUUCUGGUGACCUUUUGGAAAAUAAUGCAUACAGCUUUGGGCGGACCACUAUAGCAAACCUGAAGUCUGGGACUAACCUCUUGUGGCUCCACACUUCGUUUGCAUUCAUAUACCUGCUUCUGACUGUGUACAGCAUGAGACGACACACGUCCAAGAUGCAUUACAAGGAGGACGACCUGGUGAAACGUACAUUAUUUAUCAAUGGGAUCUCCAAAUAUGCCGAAGAGGUCCACAUAAAACAACACUUUCAACAAGCCUAUGAGAACUGCACUGUUCUUGAUGCUCGAAUCUGCUACAACGUAGCCAAACUCAUGUCCCUGAAUGCUGAGAGGAAGAAGACAGAGCGCAGUUUAAAGUUCUUCACUGAUCUCAUGGCCAAAGAGCACAUGCCCACCAUGGUCAACCCCAAACCCUGUGGCCACCUCUGCUGCUGUGUCAUCAAAGGCUGUGAGCAGGAAGAGGCGGUGAGCUUCUAUACUAAGCGGGAGGCCAAAUUGAAGGAGGAGUACAGAAAGGAGAAAGAGAAGGUCAACACUAAACCUCUUGGCAUGGCGUUCGUCACGUUCCAGAAUGAGGCAAUGACUGCAAUAAUCCUAAAGGACUUCAAUGCCUGCCAAUGCCAUGGCUGCACAUGUCGCCAAGAGCCCAAGUCAUCCCAGUUCAGUGAAAGUCUCCACAUCUACAACUGGAGUGUGAGCUAUGCUCCUGACCCUCAAAACGUGCGCUGGAAAUCACUUAUGGUUGGGGGCGUUUCCUGGUGGAUUCGCUGCUUCAUCAUCAACUGCAUCCUUUUCCUCCUGCUCUUCUUUCUCACCACCCCCGCCAUCAUUAUCUCCACGAUGGACAAGUUUAACGUCACCAAGCCUGUGGAGUAUCUCAAUAACCCCAUCAUCACCCAGUUCUUCCCUACUUUGCUCCUGUGGGCUUUCUCUGCCCUGCUGCCCACCAUUGUCUACUACUCUGCUUUCUUCGAGAAACACUGGACGAGGUCGGGGGAGAACCGGACCACCAUGCACAAGUGCUACACCUUCCUCAUCUUCAUGGUCCUCUUGCUGCCUUCACUGGGUCUUAGCAGUUUGGAUGUCUUCUUCCGCUGGCUGUUUGAUAAGAAAUUCCUUGCUGACGCCACUGUCAGAUUUGAGUGUGUCUUCCUCCCUGACAACGGAGCCUUCUUUGUCAACUAUGUCAUCGCCUCAGCGUUUAUCGGUAACGCCAUGGACCUGCUGCGGAUUCCAGGCUUGCUCAUGUAUAUGAUCCGACUGUCCCUGGCCCGUUCCUCUGCAGAGAGGCGCAACGUAAAGAGGCAUCAAGCGUUUGAAUUCCAGUUUGGAGCGGCCUACGCCUGGAUGAUGUCCGUCUUCACUGUAGUUAUGACAUACAGCAUCACCUGUCCAAUCAUCGUCCCCUUUGGUCUGAUGUACAUGCUGCUGAAGCACCUGGUGGAUAGAUACAACAUGUAUUACGCUUACCUUCCAUCGAAACUGGACAAGAAAAUCCACUCAGGUGCUGUCAAUCAGGUGGUGGCAGCUCCCAUCCUCUGUCUUUUUUGGCUGCUAUUCUUUUCCACCAUGCGCACAGGCUUUGUAACCCCCACGUCCAUGUUCACUUUGGUGGUCCUAAUCAUCACCAUUGUGGUAUGCCUGUCGCACGUCUGCUUCGGCCACUUCAAGUAUCUCAGCGCUCACAACUACAAGGUACGGGUCACUGUGCUCAAGAUUGACACCAAGGAAACAGAUGUUGACGUGGUUGAAAAUGGCCGCCCUCCACUCCGCACCUUCUCUUCUCCUUCUAAUAAGUCUCAGCAACCAACAUACAUUGCCCAGGUUUUACAGGACCCAAUCAUGGAUGAUGCUUGCACAGGCAGUGGGGAGGAAGAUCGGGGGUCCUCACAGGAUGAGGAGAUGAUAAACACUGGGAAUAGUCUCAAUGAAGCUGACUUCCAGUCCGGUGAAGACAGCCUCAUAGCCAACGAGGUCCACCAGUAACACUACCAGCUGAGAAGGGGAAAGAGCGAAAGAUGGUGAGGGAGGGAUUUUGAAGAGGAUGAAUGCCAGACACGAACAACAAACCACCAACUUCACUUUGGAUUCUAAAACAAUUUGCACUCAUUGCUCCCCCACCUUUUUUCAGUUGUGCCUCUGCACAUUGGCAUUACCAGAAAAUGCCAGGUACAUCACCCCCACACACACACACACACACACACACACACACACACACACACACACACACACACACACACACACACACACACACACACACACACACACACACACACACACACACAGUGUAAUUGUGAAUGGUUUUGUUAAGUAUAAUUUGGAGCUUGUCUCUGCAGAUUCUUCAAAGUCCCCUCUGUGUAUUUUGAACACCUAUCAGCGCGAUAUGAAUCUGGGUGUUGACGCCCCUUGUUUUAUUUAUUUAUCUACUGGAGUCCUACACUUUUAUGGAGAUUCUAUGGAGCACAAGUCCAACACUGGUUUUCAUCCAAUCCAAAGAGAUGGAGUCCCAGGAAAGAAACCAUACAAUAGCCUAGACUUUGUACAUAUCCCAAAAUAUGCCAACUGUCUUUGUCUCUUAUUUGAAAGAGGGGGUCAAAAUUGUGCCUGGUUUGGGUUUCUUUUCAUCCAUGUUUCCUUACUAAAUCCCCAUCAGUGUGGCUCAGGACUGGUGGAGAGGUCAUGAAAAUUAGGCUACAAAGCCUCUAAUGAAAUCCUGCUCCAAGCACAGGUCCCAUUGAACUUUUAUGGGUCUACAGACUCAUACUCAAACUAAACUUGGUUCAUUCUUGUCAAUGUGCAAAGCACCCUGCAUUAGGUCUUCUUUCUCAUAGCUUAUGAACAAAAUGACUUGCUUGCCCCUUUUUUCUUUGAUAUCUUAUGUUCGUCAUAAGAUAUUCACUCUGCCACUGAACAUCCUAGUCAUGUGAUUGGAGACACCAUCUUAACAUGACGUAUAAAAACAUGAUGCAGUCACUGUCAAGUUUGUAUUAUUAUUAUUUAUUUUUUUACUUCAUGCGUCUCACGUCACUGAAUGGGCACUGUUGGAGGAUAUCAGGGCCAUCACAUCGGCCCUCUGUUGUGUCAUCGAUAUUCCAAAGACGGCAGUGGGCAUGGCAUGCCAAACAGACCAGGGUCCGCUCAGAUGGAUUGUGGGGUUUCUGGUGUGACUUGUGUUGACAUGGCAUUUGUCUACUGUCCUCCUGCCUGUGAUGCCCUGUCAGUCACCUGGUCUUGCUGCUCCCCUCCAUCCUGUCCAUCUCAGUUUCCAAAGGGUCAGUCAUGGAUGGCUUGGUGACUCUUGCAGUCACUAACGUUGUACAGUUUUUAUUUUGUCUUUUAUUUUUUAUUUUACCUCUACCACCUUAAACAUAUGAACAUAUACACCUGAAAUAGGAAGCACAAUUUCUUGUCGGUGUAUAGUUCAAAUAGGCAACUUCGACUCUAACUGGGUUCUGUUCACCUUGGAGAACUUCAACAUUUACACAGUAGUACAAUAGUUUAGCCUAUGUUGUAGAUCCAGGGAAAAGCUGGGAGACAUGAAGAAACUGGUCUUGCCUCAAGUACUCUCUACCCUUAAAAUCCUCCAGUCAGAAGUACGAUAUAUGCAUCUCUGGAAAAGCCAAGUCCCAGUGCAUUAGCUGUUUUUCUAUGCUUUCUCUGAAGGAAUAGAAAUUAAGUGUAGAUUAAAAAUGUAGUAUUUUGCUCUUCAGGAGUCAUACCUAUGGAAGGUAAUUGUUCAGAUAUACAGCACCAAUGAAUAGCGAUGCUUCCAUUUAUUUUUGUCACAUCAGUUUGGGUGCAGUGUGUCUCUGAUUGGAAGUGCAAUCAGCCAGGUGUCUGUCUGAUGCAAAUUGGCUCUCGGAUUCUUUUCUCAGCCCGCAUAGCAACUUCCCCAUUUGGUGUUCACAGUUAUACCCUGGGAAAUUGUGGUGACAUUUCAAAGGCAGUGUGCAAUUUAUUUUCUUAAUGCACUUCAAGCACAAAACACAUGAAAACGCAAUCAAAUACUUCCAUAAAAGGCACUGGGUGUAUAACUAUGUAUAUAAUUUCAUAUAUAUCUUAAAUUACCACAAUUUCAUGAAUUUGAAAUAAUCCAGUCCAAAACAGAAAAAAGUGGAUAACAGGUACAUUAGGCAGAAUUAAAUGUAACUUUCCUGAAGUAUUAAAUCACUGGGUAAGUAUAUCAAUAUACAGUAGUGAUGGCUCUAUCUCCCUAAUACUUUUAAGUGGAGCAUUCUAAGUAUUUCUUUAUAAACCUAGCCAGUCCUUUCAGAUCUGUGAACACCAUAGGGAUUUGGCCAAAUGGACCAAAAAUGGACCAGGCCCAAGAGUGUGGCUCCACUGACUAGUCCAACAAAUGAGGUGCACUGAUAGUGAAGAUCUGCUAGAGGUCACUGUAUACCUGUGUUUUUGUAUUACUAUUAUUAUCAUGUUUUGGAACGGGACGAAUCGUCUCUGUGCAAAAUGAUUUGUUGUAACAAAAAAAGGAUGUUUUACCAAUUUGCAUCAGGAACAUGCAACAGCAAGCCUGACAUGCAGCAAAGAAAUAGGAAAUGGAAAUGUUCAAGUCUCAGGUGUACUUGUUUAAAAAAAAAAAUGUUUACAUGUGUUUUUUUUACAUUGUGAUAGUUGUUUUCAACUUUAAGCAUUUUGAUCUGUUGAUGAAGCUAAUCUAUGAAAGCUGUGGCUAUUGGUAACAUUCUAUCAGGUAGGAAAAUAAAAACAUGUACCGUGGUUGUCUUGUUAUUAGCAGCACAGUUUCCUCUGUAGACACUGAAAUUACCAUUGUAUUGUGGUUUGUCCCUGUUUGAAAACCAUAGCUACAUGCUGGAGAUAUUGUAGCUUUUCUGUGUCUACUCUGUUCUGUAACAUCUGUUUCCCUUUUUAAGUGAGUGUGCACUAACACUGUUCAUGAUUGUAUGCACUCUAACACAAGACUAACAACUAUCCAGUGGAAGUACAUUUUCCUGACAAUAUAAUAAAUAUUUUAAGAGGCUUGCUUGCUAAUGGACAGUCUAUUUCUCAAUGGAAAUGAAGUUACUUUACAAUAACACUAUUCUACAGUGACGAAAAAGGCUGAGAUAUUUUUGUAAAUCUCAAAAGGAACUGUUUUCAGUGACACAGCCUAUUCCAGAUGUGAUACCGAUUAUGUUGAAAGCUGUGACGAUGCCGUUACAUGUAUUGUGAUUUUUUAUUUAUCAUGAACUGACUUUUUAUUUUAUAACUUGCUAAGGAUUUAAGUUAUGAAAAUAAACAUGCCUUGAUAGAAGGAUUCGGGA